UUUAAAAUAAAAUUAAAAAACAACUUAAUAACAGUGUUAAUAAAAACAAUUUUGUGUUUUUUCCUGAUUUUUUUUUAGCAAAUUUUAUUUUGCUUUAGUUUAAUUUUUCGCAAAUUCUACAUUCUUUUUCUUACUCCUUGUUUUACUAUGACAUUUAUAGGCAAAUUAUGUUUAAAAACAUACAGCAACAACUAAAAUAACAACAAAAAUAUGACAAGUCAUAUAGCAAUAUAAAACAGUUUAUAACUUUAAUAUAUGACAGUUAUAAAAUUAUAAAAAAAUUAAUAAAAAAAACAAAUUUUUUAAAAAAAUAUUUAAUAAAUUACAAAAAAAGUGUUUUGUGUUUUAAAUUUACUAAAAAAAAGUGCUAAAAAACAUUUUGUUCUGCAACACCCCCCCUAUUUAAAGGAUUAAUUUCAUCAUUCAUUUGCCUCCUGCCUUUUAUUGGAUUAUUUCGUUGCCGUUUAUUUACUAUUCCAUAAAAUUUGUUUUUGUUUUUUAACAAAAAUUUCGGAUUAUUUAAAACAACAACUUUAUCACCAUGGUGAGUUGUGCUCCAUUUUCCUUUACAGUUAAUAAACAAUAUUCGGCCACCGAUCUGGAGGCAUUCAUGAAAUUGGCUGCCAAUUGGCAAACAACAAAUCACAAUUUAUUGGAGGGUGUUGACAUAAAACAAGAAAUGUCACAAUAUUUAAAUAGUCCAGCGAUGAAUAUGUAUAAAAAACGUGAACGCACCCAAAAUUGGAAUCAUCAAGAGAAGAAAUUUCUACUCGACUUGUGUCGCAAAGACAUGAGAAUAAUCGAGAAUAAAAGACUAGAUGCUGGACUAACGGCUGUUAAAAAUAAAGCCUGGAAGAUAAUACAUCAAAAAUUUUCAAAUCAAUUUGGCACAGAUCGUACGUGCAAUCGUUUAAAAGAACAAUGGCGACGCAUGAAAGCCUGUACACGCAAUGAAAUAUUGGACUACAAUAAUCGUUUAACCCGUUUCGGACCCGAAGUGGCCGAUCGCAAAAAGCCCUCACCUUUUACCUUUGAGGUGUGGGAAUUCAUGCAAGAAGCUAAGAAAGUAUGCAAAUCCGAGGCAUUAGACGGCAUAGACUAUUCAAAAAUACCUUUAGCUUUAGAGGAGGAUUUUGAGUAUCGUGAAGAGGAUCAUAAUAAUGAGGAUGAUCAUGAUAUGGAUGAUAGCAGCCGUACACCGCCUCAAGACUUGUGUGAUGUUGACAUCAAAGAGGAAACUAAUGAAACAUUAAAUGAUACCUAUUUGGAGGGGGAUAAAUUGAAUAGUUAUUCACCACCUCCACAUCGUAUGACUCAUUCAGAUUUAGAUCGUUCUAGCAUGCAUAGUCCCACAAAUCUCUCUACAAAUGAGGAUAAUAAUGCUGCAGCUGGUGGUGGUGGCGGUGGUGGUAAUGCUGCUGCUUAUUUGCCUCAGGGAGGCAAUGAUUUAUCUGGCUUCCAGCCGGGCUUUAAUAUGAAUAAUAUAUCGGCUACUUUGGAAGCUUUAAAUGCCCUGCGUAGUGGUCAAUUUCCCUCAGCAGCGGCGGCUGCAGCAGCAGCUUUACAAAAUAAUUUUGCGGCAGCGGCUCAACAACAGCAGCAACAGCAGCAGCAACAACAACAACAGCAGCAGCAGCAACAACAGGACUCUGAAGAACAAAUGAUGCCCGCCAAAAGACCUAGAACUUCCUCGAUUUCCAAUGGCAAUGGAGCGCCUUCUUUAAGCGGAGAUUUAGAUUUAAAUGAUAAUCCCAAUAAUAAUUCAAACACUUGCCUCAACUCUGCCCCCUCCCUUAGCUCUUUGCAUAAUAUUAAUAAUAACAAUAAAACCCCUACUUUAGACAGUUCGCCAGAAUUGAGGGCCUUUAUGGAAAUGCAAAAUAAAGAACACAUGAUGCGCAUGCGCAUACUCGAAGUGCAAUUACAGGCCGCCAAAUAUAGUCGCGAUUUAGUCGAAAUCAAUAAAACACUGGCCUUACAAAAGCUACAAGAAUACGCCAGUAAACGUUUAACCACAUAAAAAUUGUCAAAGCAAUUUUAUUAUUUUAUUAUUUUUAAAUUUUAAUUCAUAAUUAAAAAUUUAGUUUUAAUAUAAAAUUGUUAAAUAUUUUUUAUCAAUUUUAUUUUUUUUUUUUAAAUUUGGGCAGUUAUUUUUUUUAAAAAGAUUUAAUUUUCUUUCUAAGAGCUGCGCUCGUUUUAUAAAGAAAUUUAUUUUAUUAUUAUUAUUAAAAUAAUUAUCGUUAGUUUUUAAUUUUAUGAAAAAGUAAAUCGUUGAAAAUACUUUUUUUUUUAAAAAAAAAGCACAUUCCUUUUUUAAUUUUGAAAAAAAAAAUUAUCGCUUAAAAUUUAUAAUUUUAUUGCUAAACAUGUGCCAAUACAGUAUUUCCAGCUUAAAACUUAAAAAAAUUAAUUUUUGUAAAAUUUUUUUUUGUAAAAAAAAAGAAAUUAUUACAAAAAUCUCUAUAAAAAAAAGUAUACAAAAAAAUAAUAAUAAUUUGUUAUAAAAUAUUUGCUAGUUUUUAAGCUAAAAUUUAAAAUAAAUAUGUUUAAG